AUGUAUCUCAACUUAUCAACCAUCAUACAGAGGCUUUCGAAGCCAAUUCCAUUAUUUGGGAUCAAAUUAUGGAUUGCAAUUAUCACUUGCAUUGUUCUUUUCGUCCUCAUCUGUAUCACUACUCUCUGUAUCAUCAUAACCAGACAGUGUCGCCGCCGUAAAGCACGUAAAUCCUUGAAGCCAAUCGACAUGAAAAGUAUCCCAGGAAAACAAGUGAUAGUUUCUACUAGUAGAGCAACUAAGCCUAAUUAUCAAUUCAGAUUGAUAGAGAUUCAAGCGGUAACAAAUGAUUUUGCUGAUGAAAACGUAGUUGCUUGCGGAGAUUAUGCCAUUGUUUAUCAUGCUAUCAUGUUUGGCAAUACUAGAGUUGCAAUAAAGCGGACUAAAGCAAUGGAAUUUACAGGGGAGGUGGAAGUAUUAUUGGGACUGAGACACAAAAACUUGGUGAAAUUGAUUGGUUAUUGUUUUGAAGGGAACUACAGGAUAAUUGUGGAGGAGUAUGUAGACAAUGGCAAUCUAGGGCAGUGGCUUCAUGACUGCACCAGUGAAGUUAGCCCCUUGACAUGGAAUAUUCGGAUGAACAUUGUGCUUGGAAUUGCAAAAGGUUUGGCUUACCUUCAUGAGGAUACUGAACCAGCUGCUAUAAUACAUCAACACCUGAAGUCAAGUAGCAUUUUGCUAAAUAGGCAUUGGAAUCCAAAAAUUUCUGAUUUUGGUAUCACCAAUUUCUUAGAUUCUGAUGAAAGGAGUAAUCACCCAAUAACAACCCCUCCUGGAAUGGCAGGCUAUCUUGCACCAGAAUAUUUAUCCACCGGAAUUUUCGACGAGAAGAGUGAUGUUUACAACUUUGGUAUACUUAUCAUGGAGAUCGUGUCUGGAAAGCCUUCCAUAGAGUACACUAGCACAGAAGAUGAGGAAUGUUUAAUUGACUGGAUGAAAUCAAUGGUGGAAAGACAACAAUAUGAUCAAAUAGUGGAUCCAAAGAUAGCAGAAAGGCCUAAUAUGAAAGAAGUGAAAAUAUUUCUGCUCAUUGCUCUUAGAUGUGUUGAUCCAGAUGUCAACAACAGGCCUAAAAUGGGAGAAGUGAUUCAUAUGCUGCAGCCGCGCGAUUUACUUAUUGAGCGAUGUAAACAUGAUUCCUCUGCUUCAUCAUAA